AUGGCGGCAGUAGAACCCAAUAGCACACCGAUGCGUACAGCGAAUCGGGCUCGUUUUGAAUUAGAGCUCGAAUUUGUUCAGGCCCUCGCAAAUCCGUUUUAUCUUGAGAAUCUGGCUAGUGAAGGAUUGCUAGAAGAUCAAGCAUUUAUCAAUUAUUUACAAUAUCUCCAGUAUUGGCGUAAGAGCGAGUAUGCGAGGUUCAUAGUAUAUCCUCAUUGCCUUCACUUUUUGGAAUUGUUACAGCAUGAACAGUUCAGAAACGAAUUAAAGAACCCUUUGACGAGGAUGAGAUUGGAGCAUUAUCAAUUUGAGCACUGGAGGACAUGGCGCUCGGGGCCACCCCCACCUGCACCUGUGGAUGAACAGCAACCUGUUGACGAAGCAAAGACGCCAGCCCCUACACAUCCCCCUACCACUCCCGGGCCGGGCCAGACGUCAGCUACCCCUGGACCUGGCCGAGGCUCUGCGACACCAGGUCCUGGAAGGGGCUCUGCCACUCCUGCGAUUUCACGAAGGGGGUCAUUGCAUCCUGGAGCCUCAGUGCCAAUAGCCGGGUUAAAUGGAGGUUUUGCGCAGUAA